AUGGCUCGCCGUCUUCUCUUUCUCAUUAUUCUCAGCCUUGUCGCAUUAUUCUUCUUCUCAGAGGUACAAUCAGCAUCGUUCAAAAUUGUGAACAAGUGCCGCCACACGAUAUGGCCGGGAUUACUCUCAGGCGCCACCUCGCCGCCGCUUCCCACCACCGGAUUCGCUCUCCAGGGCGGAGAAUCGAAGACAUUAAAAAUCCCGAAAUCUUGGUCGGGUCGGAUAUGGGCACGGACCCUCUGCGGUCAAGACUCCGACGGAAAGUUCUCUUGUGCCACCGCCGACUGUGGUUCAGGCAAAGUAGAGUGCGUCGGCGGUGCCAAGCCGCCGGCGACAUUGGCGGAGUUCACCUUGAACGGCGCCGAUGGGUUGGACUUCUACGACGUGAGUUUGGUCGACGGUUACAACCUUCCGAUGCUGAUCGUGGCGAAGGACGGCACGAGGGGCGGGUGCAGCGCCACGGGGUGUCUCGUCGACCUCAACGGCGGGUGUCCAGCGGAGCUGAGGGUGGCGCUUGUUAACGGCAGCCGCAGGAGCGUGGCGUGCCGGAGCGCGUGCGAAGCCUUUGGUGACCCUCGUUUUUGCUGCAGCGAGGGGUACUCGACGCCUGACACGUGUGGUCCUUCUCUUUAUUCGCUAUUCUUCAAGCACGCUUGCCCACGCGCGUAUAGCUACGCGUAUGAUGACAAGACCAGCACUUACACAUGUGCCUCCGCCAACUAUUUGAUCAUUUUCUGCCCCUUGCCCUAUACCAGCCAAAAACUGUUGGGAGCACGGAAAGAUGGGGCACAGCUUCCCCUGGUAAACAAAACUAUGAUGUACUUAUCAAGGCUACAGUCAAGUGGUUCUUCACCAUCAGGUGUGGUUCAAACGAAGAGUAUAGCUUAUGUUGCUUCUAUUUUAGUGGCUUUGUUGCUGCCCUCUAUAGCAUCAUUUAUGGAUUAUGUUUCCUUGGACAUUUCAGAUAGAUAG